GACGUCACAUCCGUCGUAAACAACAAUACGGAAGUGAGAGAAAUCCUGAGGUGAAAAUGCAACAGUCACGCUAAAUAGAGGUUUCGUAACGUGGUGUGCAAGUCAAGAUUAUUAUGCAAUAGUUUUCAUUCUACACAAGCGACAGUUUUCUUGUGGCUAGCGAUGGAGGGCUCCAAGUCGUCGAGCACAACCAUGCAGGUCAGCUUCGUGUGUCAGCGGUGCUGUCAGCCGCUCAAACUGGACACAUCCUUCAAUGUGCUCGAUCGGGUCACAAUCCAAGAGCUUAUUGCUCCGUUGGUCACUGUGACCCCCAGCAAACAGGCUGACAGCUCUGAGGGGGAGACAGCACCAGAGGAGACCUUUGUUGAAAACAAGCAAGAUGGAGUGUCAAGAAAAUACAUCCCUCCAGCACGGAUGAUGUCCACAGAGAGUGCCAACAGCUUCACACUGAUUGGAGAUGCAUCUGACGGGGGCACCAUGGAAAAUCUCAGUCGUAGGCUGAAGGUGACCAGCGACCUGUUUGACAUCAUGUCGGGCCAGACAGAUGUGGACCACCCGCUGUGUGAGGAAUGUACUGACACCCUGCUGGAUCAGCUGGACACACAGCUCAACAUUACAGAGAAUGAAUGCCAGAACUACAAGCAUUGUCUGGAGCUGCUGUCAAACCUGCAGGUGGAGGAAGAGGAGACCCUGCUGGCAGAGCUACAGCAGCUGAAGGAGGAGGAGGAGGCUCUGGUCCAAGAACUGGAGACAGUGGAGGAGCAGAGGGCUGCUGUGGCCCAGGACUUGGCCCAGAGCAGGAUCCACUCUCAACAGCUGGACAAGGAGGAGCUACAAUACCAGAAGGAGUACAGCGAGUUUAAACGGCAGCAGCUUGAGCUGGAUGAUGAGCUGAAGAGUGUUGACAACCAGAUGCGUUACUGCCAGAUUCAGCUAGAUCGCCUGAAAAAGACCAACGUCUUCAAUGCCACAUUUCACAUCUGGCACAGCGGCCAGUUUGGUACCAUCAACAAUUUCCGUCUGGGUCGACUCCCCAGCGUUCCAGUGGAGUGGAACGAGAUCAAUGCGGCGUGGGGGCAGACGGUGCUGCUGCUGCACGCUUUGGCCAACAAGAUGGGGCUGCGCUUCCAGAGAUAUCGUCUUGUCCCAUAUGGAAACCACUCAUACUUGGAAUCACUGACAGACAAGUCUAAGGAACUUCCUCUGUACUGUUCAGGUGGCCUGAGGUUCUUUUGGGACAAUAAAUUCGACCACGCUAUGGUGGCCUUUUUGGACUGUGUCCAGCAGUUCAAAGAGGAGGUGGAAAAAGGAGACACUGGCUUCUGUCUUCCAUACAGGAUGGACGUGGAAAAAGGCAAGAUCGAGGACACGGGUGGCAGCGGUGGCUCCUACUCCAUCAAAACACAGUUCAACUCUGAGGAGCAGUGGACCAAGGCUCUCAAGUUUAUGCUCACCAACCUGAAGUGGGGACUGGCUUGGGUCACCUCACAGUUCUACAACAGAUAAACCUGCUGGACAUAGUUGUAUUGAGUUCUACAAAGUCACAUGCCCCUCUGAUAAAUAGAUUUCAUGUGAAUGUUAUUUGGCCAGUGGAAAAGAAAUGGUUACGUGUGCACCAGUUUGGAAGUCCUUUUUUUUAAGGAUUUUCAUUACAAGAAAAAGCAUGGAGUUACAAUACAGAUUGUGUUUUUUACAUGUUAAAAAGGGGGGAUAAUUUAUAUAUAUAUUUUGCUGCAAAGUGAAGAUGAUAAAUCGUGGACCCACUGUGGAAGCAAUUGACGCGUUGUCGCCAAAGCAAGCAGGAUAAGAUAACUACGUGACUUUUAGUUCCUUUGUAUCCUCUGCUUCGUUAAUUAGUAUCUGGGUUUUUGUGAAGAGCUGACGUUGCAGUAAGACAAUUUCACACUUAACAGACAGGAAUGUAACUUAAAUUAAAUCCUAACAGGAGUCACUUCUAUCUACUUUAAGUUCAAGUUAUGCUUGCUCUCCUGUUGUCCUGCACACCUAUGAAAUCACUGCAAGAGAAAGUUUGUUAAUGUCCCAGCUGUAGAAGCUGUAAGAGUAUGUUGUGAUGAUAAUAAUGGUCAAAAUAAGAUUUUGAUUUACACGGUUUAGUAUUCAACAGGACUAUGUCAUUUCUUUAGCCUUGAAUGCAACCAUUUACAUGCAUACUUUAUAAGUAAACUGUUGUCUUUAGAAGUAGUUACUGCUUCUUUGUGUUCAUAUUCUACAUCAUCACGCAAAUUCAUCUGUUUUAUACAUGACGGAUAAUUUUAAUGGUGCCAUUUAAGUUAAUAAAUACUUUAUGCUAUGCUGUGAAAAAAAAAA